AACAAGUCCAACUCUGUGGUUUCUUCGGUAUUUGGCGAUGAUUCCUCUGCAUUGGUCGCGCGCCUUGUGGCUGUUAGUCUUCUCCGGCACCAGUAGCGCCUUUUACGUUUCGUAUGACGAGCCAGCGGUAUACCGAGCGGGCGAUCGAGUUCCACUCGUCAUGAACAAGCUGAAAUCCACUAAAACCCUAUCCUCGAUGGAUUACGCACACCGGCCUUGGUGCAACAACCGGGAGGACGUCACGCCCCUAUCGGCAGAAAGCGCAUGGAAAGGGAAUAUGGAUGUUUGGCACGGCGACGCUUGGUACCGCGGUCCGAUUCUGGGGUUGGAGUUUUUGGCAGACCAGUACUGUGCCGUCCAGUGUGACUUUUCUUUGGAACAACCUUCCGAGCAGGAGGAGUGGGAGUCGGCCAUUGCCCGGGGAUUCCACUACCAUGUGAGCGUGGACGGGUUACCCGUUGCUCAUCAGUGGGAAGAUGAUGACACGGUACAUGUGCUCUCUUCGGGCGGGGUACCACUAGGACGUCGUGGAGGCCCCGGUGAGUCUGCCAAUCCGCAAUUCGACAACGAGACCGUGGAGAACCUCUUUGUCUACAAUCACUGGAAUUUGAGAAUCGACUACGUGGAAAAGGGGCCGGGCGAGUACCAGAUUGUGCACGCCGUGAUACAGCCCUUCAGCGUCCAACCAGUCGAUGGUACGGACGGAGCGCGGCCGGCCAUGGAAUCAUGCACAACCGAACGGCGGCACACAAAUUACGAUAUGACGACAACUAUUCCACCGCAGUCUCCGAGUGGAUCGUUUCCGUUUACCGUGGACGUCAUUUGGGUAAAGGCGCCGACCGACAUAAGAGCUUCCUCCCGGUGGAACCAGUUGUUGACGAUGGACGACUUCGAUCCGCUUAUGCACGACGUCUCUCUGCAAAUUGCUUGUCUCGUACUGGCCCUUUUCAUUAACGCCAUCUUGUACGGUUCCCUAUGGACCUGGGUGAUGCGGGACUUGAGUUACAAACCCGUCGCGAUGGAAACGGAAAUAAUCUCUGAAGAGCAAGAGCAAGAAAUGCAACUCUGGCCGCUUUCGACCCGUGUAUUUUUCCCGGUCACUCGGCACCCGUGGCUCUUUUGUGCCGCCUGUGGACAAGGAGCCCACUUAUUGUUGACAACCUUGUGUUUUCUCUUCUUUUUCCAAAUUGGUGUCAUUCACCAAGCACUCGGGGCCACUAUCUUAUUACCCGUCGUUGCGCUGUAUACGAUCGCCAGUCCGAUGGGCGGUUACGUAACGGGUCGUUGCCGAAGAGUCCUACACGGGAGAAUGAUGCAAGCCUUGAAGGCAUGCGUUUCAGCUUCCACGCUGUACCCACUUCUGGGACUACUCGUUAUGGUUUUGUGCUACGACGUCUUUCCCAGUGACGAGGCUCCCCGGUACCGCGUGCUGGAUUCCAGCAAGGAAUUGAUUCUUUUGUGGUUACUCGGCAUUGUUCCGUUGACACUCCUCGGUGGGUUUUUGGGAUACCGCAACGGACCGAUUGAUAAAUUUCCAGUUUCGGAAGGAACGAUGGGCUAUCAGGAUCUUGCUUUACACAGAGUGGAUGAUAGUGAUGAUUCCUCCAAGCGCUCUCUAUGCUGGCUUAGGAUGAGGACACCUGUUCUGUUCUUGACGGCCGGUCUUCUUCCCAUGCUGAGCUUUUUCAACACCUAUGCGUAUGGUGUAGCUGCGCCGGUGUACCAGGACUUUUACGUGUCCAGCCGACUUCAAGUUUUUCUACCAUUUAUUUUGUUCUUGACGUGCGUCGGGGGCGUGGCUAUGCUACUGUUCUACCGGCAAAUUCGAGCACAAAAUUAUGCGUGGUGGUGGGCUACAUUCUUAACUGCCGGUUCGAGUGGUUUCUACUGUUUUUUGUUAUCAAUCAGUUGGCUCAUCUACAACGCCACCCAUCGGAAUGCCGACGCCCGGUCCGUGGCGGUCUACAUGCUCUGGUUCGCCUACACCUCGCUGGGUGUGACGCUGGCGUGUGGUUUUGUGGGUAUCCUUAGUUGCGUUUUGUUCAGUCGAGCGUUGUACUCCUACGGACUGUGCCGAGCCCCUUGA